AUGUACGGUACAAUUCGCGUCCCCUUCCAAGGGACAAAUUAUGUAGAUGGAAUUCUAUACAUCGACUUCUUCCCAAUGCCGUCAGAUAAAACCUCCGAUAGCAAGGACAGAGCCCCGCAUGCUGGCCAGACUUCCUUUGAACAACAUACGAGCAAAAUCCGACAUUUCUUCUCAAUCCCCGCGCCGGUAAAAGUCCUCUUCGACAAGGUCCCUGUAUUGACAUACCCUCCAAACGACCUCCCACAGCGUGCCCCGAAGCCUGCGAGGAUACCAAGUCUCUAUGUCUUCAUCAAGAAGGAAGAUGCGGCUGCUGGACGGCCAUCUUAUAAUCCUAGUUGCUUGAAAUGGCAGACUUUCUUGAACUUUGCAGAUAUCAAUCACCGUCUAAUGCCCUCAAACAACCAUGCCUCUCCGUCGGGCGCACUACCAUUCCUCCUCCCUGCAUCAAAGAACCCCCAGGAAGCGCCCAUGCCUAUAGCGUCAAACAAACUCGUCAAAUAUGUAGAGGAGCAGGGCAAAACAGUCAAGGAGUCUUCUAGCAUGCGUUAUGAAGCAUACCAAUCCCUUAUUGACCACCGGAUACGAGAUGCUUGGCUAUACACCCUCUACCUCGAGCCCCUGAACUUCUCCGCAGUCGCCUACCACCUCUACGUCUCUCCCACCUCCUCAAACCCCCUCGUCCGAGCCUCCAUAUCCCACCAGCUCCGCUCAGCAGCGGAAGCCGAACUACUGAAACACACCGCGAUCAUCGAUACCGACGAUAUAUACAGCGAGGCCGACAAAGCAUUCGAGGCCUUAUCCAUAUUACUAGGCGAGGAUUCAUGGUUCUUUGGCACGACUGAGCCAACACUGUUCGAUGCGAGUAUAUUUGCCUAUACCCAACUGUUACUGGAUGACGAGCUGGGGUGGCAGGAGAAGAAGCUUUGCAGGGCAUUACGGAGGCGCGCGAAUCUUGUACAACACCGUGAGAGACUGCUUGUUAGAUAUUUUGGUGGCUCAUAA